UAAAUUUUACUAAAACGGGAAAUAGAUAUAAAUCUUCCGCCUUUGUAAUAAGUUAGCGAUUUAUUACUCAAAAGUUUAUUAGUGUGCAUACUGUGAUGUAAUUUUCUUGUUUUUGAGUAGUUUGUAGAUUGAUAACAAUUUUAUUUAACAUGAAUAUAUUCCGAAUGUUUCUGCAUUUAUUCAACUUCCUUCUAUUGUUUAUACAAGAAUCACACAGCAAUGGAGGAUUCUGUCAAUCAAGGAGUCCAGUUGUAAAAAUUUGUACGGACCAUGUCUUGGCAAAGAAGAGCACUGUCUUCCUUGAUACAGUUAGUGUGUCGGCAUUUCAGCCCACCUCGUGUAAAUGUAUUAUAUCCCCUUUUAAGUAUAAAGUUGGAUACACAUUUACUGUAUAUGGACAAAAUUACCCGAAGGGCAUGGAGUUUGAAAUAAACAAUAUUGUGAUAAAGGAAACUGCCAGUAGAAAAAGUACAUAUCUUAUUGGUGAAACUCCGAUUUACUUUUCCACUGCUGAAGGUCAUAGAAAUGGAGGAACCUGUGUAAUUGUUGAUACAGACGACAGCUCCUUCUUUAAUAUAACCUGUAUGAAGUCUACAAUACUUGUCACUGACACAACAGCGACAGACACUUCAAGAGCAAUAACAACAGAAAUCUCAAAAGGCAACAUAACAACACCAGUAACAACAACAGGUACAACAGCAGAAGCCUCAAGAAAAGGCAGCAAAACAACUCUUGCACAAAGUAGGUCAAAUGGACCCGAUUCAUCCACGAAAACUACAGUAAUUGUGGUUCCAGUAGUGGUUGGAGUUUUACUGAUUCUAGCAGCUGCGGUGCUACUUCUCGUCUAUGUAAGAAGACGCCGGUUUGUUAAAGAUACUAAAAGACAUGAACAGGAACCAUGUAUGCCGGUAUCAGAGCAAAGUCAAGGUCAACAGAACAAUCCCGAGAGUGAAGAGAGUAACAUCAAUAUUUCUGUCAAUGCAUACGAAAGGUUAAAUAUGUAUGCAAAUGACAAGCUGGCUGGAGAGAUGUAUGAGCAGCUUAAUGCAGAUAAAACAGGAGAAUAUCAAGAAAUGUCUGACGUAGUUACUGACUCUCGAAAUCAGAACAGGAACGUUACAAAACAAGUUAAUUUGGAAGACACCGAAAAAAGUCCUACACCCUCUAAAGGACGGCUGAAGGGACAAGUUAAAGGACAAGGGAACAACAGCAAUGGUGAUGAUCGUGAUAUUGAAAUUCCAUCGAAUGCAUAUGAAAAAUUAAACAUGUAUGUAAAUGAUAACUUAGCAGGAGAGAUGUAUGAGCAACUAGAUACUAACCAAGAUGGGGAUUAUCGGGGGAAACACGUUCCACGUAAAAAGGACAGACCAGGCAACAAAAGUGAACAGAAAACCAAGACAAAUGAGCAAGCUUUUGCUGUUUAUGCAAAUGCAAAAUGAUAUUUAUGACGAUAUAGUCUAUAUCUGAUUUCAACAAAAACGCAUGCUUUUUGUUAAUUAAGGGAACACGAUGGGUGUUAUACAUGACAUUACCUCUCAUUAACCCACUACGAAAAGAUUUUCUUAUACCUAUGAUUAAUAAUUCAAGUUACAGCCGUGAGGUUACCAUUAAUGCCGCCCUUACUUGGAUUUAUUGUUUUUAUCCUUUCUGAUCCUGUUACAUGAUGAAAUCGAUAUAAGAACGAUUUGCUGUUAAUAACAUAGUGUAAUUUCCAAAAAAAUAUAAAUUCAUGUCAUCAUA